GAUUCAAGGUUCUUGCAAGUACCAAUGGUCUUAGAGCCUUAAGGGUAAUGGAGGCUCGAUCUUAUGAAGCAUCUAGAUCACCACUUGAGAUGAAGUGGGUACAAGUAUCGGUCCGGUUGUUAGCGAAAUAGAGCACCAUUUGAAGUUGCACUUCAACGCCCUUGUUCCCGCGGUUGUUGAACGGUUAGGUGACGCCAAACAGCCAGUUAGAGACGCCGCCAGACGCCUACUGCUCACUCUCAUGGUGGUUUCUUCUCCAAAAAUUAUUGUUGAAAGAGCUGGCUCUUAUGCCUGGACACAUAGAAGUUGGAGAGUUCGAGAGGAAUUUUCCCGGACGGUUACAGCAUCAGUCAGUCUUUUUGCAUCUACUGAACUUCCACUUCAACGGGCAAUUCUUCCUCCUAUUUUGCAGCUGUUGGAUGACCCAAAUCCGGGUAUUCGUGAAGCUGCUAUAUUGUGCAUUGAGGUCUGUGAAACAUUUUUUUCUAUUGUUCUUUUAGAAGAGCUUGGCAACUUGUUGACCUUAUGUGUAGGAAGAAUUUGACUGUCUUCAAAUGAAAUCUGAUUUGUUGUCCUUUUUUUUGUUAUGUUGUUGUUGGGGUCAUAUUCAAAAUUUUAACAUAUGGUUUGUAAGAACUUUCACCACACUUGAACAUACAGCUAAAAGCCUGAAAUAUGGCUUACAUCAGAGGCAGUUCCUCUGUUCUCAGUUAUAGAAAAACAUGCUGAGCUCCUCAUAAUAAGCUUUUUAUAUGCCUUUAGAGGAUGGAAAUUACAAUGAGAAAAUUAAUAGGAAUAAACACAGGAACCUGAACUUUG